CCGCCGCUCGGCGAAGCCGCCUCUGCAGUCUUCCCCUGGGGCUGGUAGGAGCAACUCCGCCGGAGUCCGGCUCGUCGGGCAGCGGCUCGUAGCCGAGGUGGUGCGGCGAGGACGAUGGCCGCGUCGUCUUCUCAGGAGCAGCGGCCGCUGCGGUGCGGCGUGAAGCUGCUCCUCCUCAGCGACGAGCUGCUGGCGGGGCUGCGCCUCGCCAGCCCCAGCCAGAAAGCCCUGCAGCUGGAGGUGCAGCCGGGAGAGGAGGACGCCCAGCUCACCGUGACAGACGCUGAUGGCAUCUGUGUGCUUAAAUGCUUGGUUAACAGGAACACCGAAUACUGUCGUGUGGGAAAAGACUCUUUGUUAAUUACACUGGGAUGCAAGAGUGUCUUGCUUCGAUUCAAGUCACAAGUCGAAUACAACAUACUUUCAAAUGUACUGAAGAUACGCUGGAACCAAAAGAAGGAUACCUCUGUGUUCAGUCAGCGAACAGAUGAAGCAUCUGCUGCUCAGUAUUUUCAGUUUUACGGCAGUCUGUCUCAACAACAGAAUAUGAUGCAGGAUUUUGUGAGGACAGCCACUUACCAUAGAGCUAUACUGCAAAACCACAUAGAUUUUAAAGACAAGAUUCUCAGAUGGUUUAUUACAUGGACAUUUUUGCUUGUAGUCAAAAGUUCUGUUGAUAAGGUGGUCCUAGAUGUUGGCUCUGGAUCAGGAAUCCUUUCAUUUUUUGCAGUGCAGGCUGGAGCUAGAAAAGUUUAUGCAGUUGAAGCCAGUUCAGUGACAAAAUAUGCAGAGCUGUUGGUGAGAAGUAACAACCUUUCUAACAAGAUCACAAUCCUGCCAGGAAAAAUUGAGGAGAUCUCCCUGCCUGAGAGUGUUGAUGUGGUAAUUUCUGAACCAAUGGGUUAUAUGCUGUUCAAUGAAAGGAUGUUGGAAAGUUACCUCCAUUCCAAGAAAUGGCUGAAGUCAAAUGGAAUGAUGUUUCCAACGUUUAGUGAAAUUCAUUUCGCUCCUUUUUGUGAUGAGCAGCUGUACAUGGAACACUACUCCAGAGCCAAUUUUUGGUACCAAGAGUGCUUUUAUGGGGUCAAUUUGUCCAGUCUGCGCAGUGCAGCUGUGGAUGAGUAUUUCAGACAACCUAUUGUGGAUACUUUUGACAUGAGAAUUCUGAUGGCCCAGACAGUGAAGUACACCAUUAACUUCACAGAAGCUGCCGAGGAAGAUUUGCAUCGAGUGGAAAUCCCUUUUGUUUUCCAAAUGAUGCAGUCUGGACUAAUACAUGGCCUGGCCUUCUGGUUUGAUGUGGCAUUUGUAGGGUCACUGGUAACUGUUUGGUUGUCAACUGCACCAACAGAACCUCUCACUCACUGGUAUCAGGUACGCUGCCUUCUUCAGACGCCCCUCUUUGCUAAAGAAGGGGAAACUCUCUCAGGCACUGUCUUGUUUGUUGCAAAUAAACGACAAAGUUAUGAUAUUCAGAUUAUAGCUAUGGUGGACCAGACAGGAUUUAAAUCUGGUAACACUCUUGAUUUGAAGAAUCCAUUUUUUAGGUAUGACUAGAACAUAGCAUAAUAUGGCAUAUGAAAACAGAAAUGAGAUUCUCACCAAGCUGAGCAACCAACAACACUGAAAUCUGUCCAGUACCUAGUACACCUACUGGUCUUUGUGUAAAAUCAAUUGUAACUGUACGUGUAUGUAAUAAUAACAACAAUAAAAAAGUGAUUAGCA